AUAUAAAUAGGCAGUAAUACAGAGUUAAAGUACGCAUUUCUGAAAUUACUUCGAUCUACGCAACUUCAAUACACCAAAGUCAAAAAUGUACAAAAUUUUCGUCACCUUCAUCGUCGCCAUGCUGAUUGGAGCCAGCAUCCAACAAGGACCAAGUGGACAAUUUGGUUUAGGUGGAAAUCAAGAAAGUUCGGGCAGUGUUGCUGGUAGUGGAAUCGGCAGCCUGAUUCCCGGUGGUCCAGGAGUCAAUGGGUCAUUUGGACUGGGUGGAAACGAGGGCCUCAAUGGAAACACUAGUUUGGGCGGCAGUUUGGGCUGAUAAGGUCACUGAAGUAUGAACAUCUGCAAGAAGAAACCAUGAGGAAUGUGAAACAAAUUGUAUUACGUCACAAAUCAAGAGCAUUCACACAAAAUGUACAAAAAUAAACUCUAUAAUAGAGCGCAAUACAGUUGACUAUCGACUGCUAGUCAAUUGUUAGUUUAAUGUAAAAAGUACGCACAUUAUUGCACCAUUAUUUCAAUAAUAAAUUAAUGUUUCUUGGCAAUAAAA